GUUCCAGAAACAACCAUCUUCUUUAUAGUUGAUGAACGCUUUGUCCCUUCAUCUUGGUUUAUCACUACAUUGAAAUGGUUUAAGGUAUUGUUCAGGAUUUGCAGCCUCUUGUAUUAAUAACAUCUCCAUGCUGAUUAUGUUUAUCAAUUCGUCCUUCUCAUCAUGUAUAUCUACUACUCAUUUUUAACACAGUCAGUCAGUUUCCAAAUUUGCAAUAUUUUUCAACUUCUGGGUCUUAAAAGAUUUGUAGUUUGCCUCUUUCCGUGUUAUGAUAUUUCUAUAUGUUGUACAUCGUACUUAAACUACUUUUUAUCUUCAAAGUUUGUAUUUUUUUUCCAAUAACUUUUGAUAGAUGCAUUAUAGGUGCUUGAUAGAUUUUGACACUAGUAACUCAUUCUUUUUUUUAUGUUCCAUUCUAGAGUGAGCUCUCAAAUUCUUCUUACCUCUAUUAAGAAACAGAAAUUGAAAAUAAACUGAAGAGAGAAUCUCAAUCUUAACAAUUUUACAAGUUUAUGCUAUUCAUUCUGAGGAAAUGCUACCAUGUUCUGCAUGAACUCCGAAAUAUUGUCGAAUGGUUGGAAAUAAAAACAUUUACAUGCUCCAAAUGUGCUUUACUUUAUUUAUCUGUUCCUCUUUUAGGUUGUAACUCCUAUUAAUGAAUGUUAAUUCUCUGUCUUACUAAGAAUUUCAGUAUUUAUUGUAUCUUUUAUGCCUUUUCACAUUAACUGUGCCCUUGAUGCUGAACUCGUAGUACUAUAUCCGAAUGGGAAUGUGCAAAUAUGGUGCUUCCUGCAAGUACCACCAUCCAAGACAGGGAGGUGGAUCUUCGGGCUCGGUGACCCUAAAUUUUGAUGGAUAUCCAUUGCGACUGAUGUAUCAUAGAUUUCUCAUUCAGGGUGAAAAGGAUUGUUCGUAUUAUGCUAAAUAUGGGCAGUGCAAGUUCGGCAUCACCUGUAAAUUUAAUCACCCACACUCAUCUGGUUUACGGAUGUCAGUACCAGCACGUGGGCCCGGAUCAUUGCCUACACCAGUAACUGUACCUACACCUGUGGUCUAUCCAACUCCCUCUGUGCAAUCUUCCCAACAAUAUGGGAUAUUUCCCGGCAACUGGCCAGUUGCAAGACCGGCUGUGUUUCCACCUCCAUAUGUUUCUGGGACUUAUGGUCACAUGCUUCUUCCCCCAGCAGUUGUUCCAGGUCCGGGUUGGACUCCCUACCCGGCUUCAGUUUGUCCUGUGGCCUCCUCAUACCCUGAACUCACCGUUGGGGCGGACCCAGUUUAUGGGAUAAACCAGUUAUCUCCUUCAGCAACUGUUUACACAGAAGUGACUGGACCAUAUUCAGGCAGCAGUCAGCUGGAACAUGCAUUUCCCGGAAGACCAGGGCAACCAGAAUGUCAGUAUUAUUUGAGAACUGGAAAAUGUAAAUAUGGACGUACAUGUAAAUAUCAUCAUCCACCAGAGUUGAAUGCACCAACUACAAAUUAUGUGCUUAGUCCACUGGGUCUUCCCCUACGCCCGGUAAGGUUAUCAUUCUCUGUGCUUUUCACGACAGAUGAGUUUCCAUGCCUGAAAAAACUGUUCAUGAUAGAUGAACUAUUUCUAGUUAAGGAGUGAAUUAGUGGGUUUAUG